AUGAGCAGUAAAAUUAAUUCAAUCUCGAAUAUUAGUGCAUACCCCGAACCAUAUCCCCACGUUUACAAGGGUUAUAUUACUAUAGAUAUGUCGACUAGAAAAAUAUACAAUAAAAAGGAGAAAAAAUAUAUAUCAUAUUUCCUUAUAAAGUUUUUUUUAUUUACCCUUUUAAUUUGGAUAUUACAAUGUUUUAAUAAUUGGGAUUCUUGUAGAUGGUUGAACUACAAAAAUGAAAAAACAAAUAAAUUAAUUUUAGGAGCUGAAAGAUCAUUAGCAGAAAACAAUGAUAAAGUAAAACAAAGAAAAGAAGAAUUAAAAUGCUCUGCACCACAUGUUAUAGUAAAAACAGACUUAGAACCAAAAUAUGAACAAGUAGAAAUGGGGGAAUAUAUAGACACAGAACAGGGGGACGAAAUAGAAACAAAAAAAGAAAAUAAAGAAGAAACACAUAAUGAAAAAAAAUUAGGAAAGUAUAGUAAUAUUUCAAAAGCAUAUUCUUUAUUCUUUUCUUUUGUUUUGUCUCUAGCUUCAUUUUUAUUAUCUAUAGUAUAUUUAAUUACAAAAAAUGAAGAAAUAUAUUCCGUGAUAUUUAUUUGUGUUAAUUUAUCUAUUAUAAUAUAUUUAAUCUUAUUAACUUUCGAAGAAAUCAAAAAAAGAAAAAAUAAAAGCAAAUUAUGA